GUUAUAAAAGCAUGAGAGGGCUCAGGGCUCCUGAGAGGGAAAACUGCUGCCUUGGAUUUACAGUGAGGGACAAAAAAAUGGAUUGCAAAGGCAUUACCGAGCUCACCAUGCCUGCUCAGCCACCUGUUUAUAGCUUCAUGCCCAAAGUGAGCACAACCCAACAGAGAAUCAUCCUUGCCUCAGUGGUGGUGAUUCUCCUGGGCUUCUUCAUAGUUGCCAGCGCUUUGGUGGGAGUUUACCUGACCCAAAACCACACAGAAAAGGUCCUUGACAUGGUCAUCCAGGGAAACAAGGGGGAAGAGGAAGAGCAGACGGCCAUGGUAAAUGAACGGGAGAACGUGGCCGCUUUCCACGUCAGAAAAAAGAAAUCCACAACCAUAGUUGUGUACAACUAUAACCAUGGUCUAAUAGGUCUCAGAAUCACCAACAGUAAAAAAUGUUUUGUGAUGAAGAUGGAUAAACUCAACAUACCAAGCUUGGAUGAAAUUUCCAGAGAUCUCCCAAAUUUUAACGCCAAACAGGUCUCUGGAGACAAAAUGUCUUACAGCUUCACAGAGGCGGAACCGGCUGACCGCACUACACUGGGAACAACUCUGAAUAUUCUCUGCAGCGACAUCCCCAUCUACUGGGCUCUGCCUCGCAAGAUCCAAGGAAACUGCAGUAGUUCUGUCCUCUUGGCUCCCCAUUGUGAUUCUUUAGCUCUUUGUUUCUGCUUUUGAUCUGAAAUCUCAAGUUAUUGUGUGAAUUAUGCCUACUCGUCAGCACAGACCGCAGAGUCUUGGAUGAGGCAAGCAUCAGAAUAAAAACAAUUUUUAUAACUUUUUG